UCGCAGAUAAAACGUAUCUCCCGCGAAUUUUAAACCAUUUUAAAUUAAACUGAUAAGUGAAACUUUAAGUUUUUACAGUCAUUUAACGUUACCUUGAAAAAAUCAUUAUCAGUUUUUAGUAAUAAUUAUUAAGUGAUACUUAAAAAUAAUUUAAGAGGUGGGUUAAGUUAAUUUGAAGGAAAGUGUGAAAGAAAUUAAUUAAUACAAAAAGAAUUUACUAGUUUAUUAACACACCAUGGAAGGCGAAAUGGAUUCAGCAGGAUUUACCGAAUUUGGAAAAGCUAUGAUUGAUUAUGUUACCAAAUAUUUGGAGAACAUAAGAGAUAGGCGUGUUUUACCAACCGUUGAACCGGGAUAUUUGAGACCUUUGUUGCCCGAUUCCGCACCAUUAAAACCAGACCGUUGGGAAGAAGUUUUGGAAGAUGUUGAGAAAGUUAUUAUGCCAGGAAUCACUCAUUGGCAUUCGCCGAGAUUCCAUGCAUAUUUUCCAACGGCUAAUUCUUAUCCUUCGAUAGUAGCAGAUAUUUUAAGUGGCGCUUUAGCUGUAAUUGGAUUUACUUGGAUUUCAAGCCCAGCAUGUACUGAAUUAGAAGUUGUUAUGCUCGAUUGGUUGGGAAAAAUGUUAGACCUUCCACCCGAAUUUUUAUCUUGUUCAGGUGGAAAAGGUGGUGGUGUUAUCCAAGGCACAGCGAGCGAAGCAACUUUAGUAGCUUUGUUAGGGGCGAAAGCACGUACUCUCGCCCAAGUUAAAAAAGAACAUCCCGAAUGGACCGAUUACGAAAUCAUUUCGAAACUUGUUGGAUACACUUCAGCUCAGAGCCAUUCUUCUGUUGAAAGAGCUGGUUUAUUAGGUGGCGUUAAGCUUCGUCAUUUAGAACCCGAUUCAGAAAGCAAAUUAAGAGGCGACACCCUUGAACGGGCAAUGAAAGAGGACCGUGAAGCUGGCCUCAUUCCAUUUUACGUUGUGGCAACCUUAGGAACAACUUCAUCUUGCGCGUUUGAUCGUGUUGAUGAAAUAGGCCCCGUUUGCAUUGAAAACAACGUUUGGCUUCAUAUUGACGCUGCUUACGCUGGUUCAUCAUUUAUAUGCCCGGAAUUCCGUUAUUUAAUGAAAGGAAUCGAAAAAGCUGAUUCCUUCAAUUUCAACCCACACAAAUGGAUGUUGGUUAAUUUCGAUUGUUCGACAAUGUGGUUAAAAGAUCCUUCAUGGCUCGUAGACGCCUUCAACGUUGAUCCUUUAUACUUAAAACACGACCAACAAAAUUCCGCCCCCGAUUACCGUCAUUGGCAGAUUCCUUUGGGACGUCGUUUUAGGGCAUUAAAACUUUGGUUUGUUAUGAGAUUAUACGGGAUUGAAAAUUUACAAAAAUUCAUUCGAAAACAUGUCGCGUUGGCUCAUCAUUUCGAAAGUUUAGUUCGUGAUGAUGAGAGAUUCGAAAUUACGGCCGAAGUCGUACUCGGAUUAGUUUGCUUUAGAUUGAAAGGUUCAAACGAAUUAAACGAAAAAUUAUUGAAACGGAUCAAUGCUAACGGCGUUAUCCAUUUGGUUCCAUCUAAAAUUAAUGGAGUUUACUUUUUGAGAUUGGCUAUUUGUUCUCGAUUUAGCGAAGAGGAAGACAUUAAUUUAUCUUGGAACGAAAUUAAAAUGAAUGCUGAUGAAGCAUUGAAGGAAGAAUGUAAAGAAUAAGUAAUCAAUGAUGUUGAGAUUUCUGUUUUGUAUUUAUUGCUAGAAAGAUUUUAUUUAUUAAAUUUAUUGUUAAAUUUCUUAAUUGAUGGUAAAUAUGUAAGUAAACAAAAACGACCAAUGUAAUGUAGUGAGCAAGUAUGUGUAUUUAUUUGCUAAAUAAAUAAAUGUUGUAUAUAAAGUAUA